GGCCAGAAAACAUGAACAUGGACGCUUCUUUUAAUUAGAAUAUAGUUUAGAUAAAGUACAAUAUCUAUCUUUCUUCUCAAUCAGUAAGCUACACAGUGGUGUAGAGUGGCUGAAUAGCUGAAGGGAUUUCAGAAGAGGUGGAUGAAGAAGAACGAGAUAAUGGUACACGUGAUCUCGCUGUUGUCACUGCUGCUUUCACUGACUGAUGCGCAGGUGUUCACUCCAGAAGAGCUUGGACUAACAGAAGCCGCUUGUAAACCUGGGUACACGAGUGGACCGGAUUGUUGCACGUAUUACCAAUGUACGGGCAUUGGGAGCGCAGUGCCCGGCUCCAUCAGACUGGUCAAGCGCCGUUGUGUUUGGCCUUUGGUCUGGAACGAAGAUUCGUGCUCCUGUGACUGGGAUGUCUUAGUUCCGCAAUGCGUCGAUGACCCCUGCCAAAUUGAAAGCAUCGUCCCUACUGUAGCAGAUUGCCCAGACCCCGGGACGCUUAACAAUUCAUCAGAGUGCUGUGUCGAUGGUGUAGUGUAUACAAAGACGGGGGACGAGAGCUACAUACGAGGCAAUGAUGAGAUUCCACAAGACUGUCCUGAAGGUCAUGAAUUCAUGGUAGAAUCUUGCAGUUGUGAACAUAUCACAGGGCAGUUUGGUGACCGAUAUUGCCUGGUUUGGGAUUUUGAAAACGAUUUCAUCGACAUACACCAGGAGAUUCCAGCCUUUGUUACGAACGUGUACAUCGCUAAAGGGGAGGGAGUGGGCGGUGGAAAUGCGGCUCGGUUCAGAGAAGGUGGUUCCCUUCAUAUAUCAGCUUUCCAGAAAGGUUAUUUCGGUCGUAAGUUUAGUAUUGGGAUGAGUGUCAAGGACGAAUCAGGAGAGGGCGGCAUUCUAUUUGACAACGCAGGUACCCUGCACCUCCAACUUUCAAAUGGAAUGCUGUCCGGUGGUGUCAAAACAGUUCUGGAUGAUACAGUAGAUGAUUUUAAUGUACCUGUACCAAGUUCAACUGGUAAUCGGAAAAAGAGACAAGGUGGUGCUUGGUCAAGUUUUGGGUAUGAACACGGCAGUCUUCAUGUUUACGUAAAUGGAAUCCUUGUCGCUAAUCCUGACCAGCCACUUGCACCAGUUCAAGGAACUGGGUGUGCUCUAACCAUUGGUUCAAACUUCACCGGACUCAUUGAUAACUUUUUCUUCUGCCCGUUUGAACUGACAGACGAGGAAAGGCAAAAAGUAGUGGGGAAUGGAACAUUUCCAACAAGAGAUGGUAAUCUGAAUGUCAAGGUGAAAAGUGGGGCAAACAAUGGCGAAAAUACAGGGGAUAGUAAUGAAGGAACAGGUGGUUCUGGUCCAUGAUCUGCAACAAGAUAAUACAGCAGCGCCAAUCAAAACUUGUUAGGACAUCCAAAUUAAACAAGCUGUUAAAGCAUUUUGUAUAAUAAAAGCCAAAUGUAAAAUAAACAAAACAAGCAU